AUGCUCAGUUUCCUCCCUGUCCUUGUGGCAGCCUUGGCCGGCUCUGCUGUAGCCGGCGAGAAGCCCUGGGGGGAUAAACAUCCUCACUGGCCGACUGGAAAACCCUCCAGCACUAUCUAUCCCUCGAGCUCUUCCUCAUACACUCACCAUCCCCCUUCCUCAACUCUUUAUCCGUCAGAGUCUUCUUCAUAUACGCAUUAUCCUCCUUCCUCAUCUCCUCCCUCAUCGUCUCCCCGGCCGACCAAAACUGGUCACCACUCCACCAAGACGAUCACGACCUACACCACUGUAACGACUUGUCCGGUCACCAUCACCUCCGGCCACCAUGUCACCACGACUUGGACCACGAGCACUAUCACCGUCACCAGUUGCGUCAAUGGCUGCUCGCAUCCGACCAAAGAACCACAUAAGACGCUCCCUCCCAAGCCGACCGACACCACCGUCACCAUCGUGUAUCCGACCACCGUCACCAAGUUCGUCCCAUGCUCGACUCCCGUGAGCAGCAGCGGCCAAACCACCUUCUACUCGACCUGGCUCAGUACCACUGAAUAUGUCUCUACCUACACCAAGACAUACAGCCACGGUCCACCCCCGCCUCCGCCUCCAACUACGCUGCCGGAGACAUGCCCUCCAGUUGCAACAGUUUACGUUACGGUGACAGAAACCAAGGGCGAUACUCCCGCCCCGCCACCAACUACAGCUCCCCAUCCACCCAAGCCUACUUGCUAUUCCGACAAGUGUUAUCACACCAUCACCUACACCUAUCCCAAUGGUUACUGCACGACGAUCACCAUCACCGAGACACAAUCGCCGUCGCCGAAGCCCACGCACACUCGAACCACCUCUAAAAAGCCGCACCCGCCGCCGACGGGAACAGGUAACCCGUAUCCUCCACCGACCAAAAGCAAGCCGCCAACCCCGCCUCCUUCAGGGACGGGCAAACCUCACCAUCCUCAUGGGCCGGGAGGCUAUGAGUGGCCUAAACCGGGAGGUCACUGA